AAAAAGGGGCGGGAGGGAUCGAAAAAGAGAGAGAGAGAGAGAGAGAGAGAGAGAGAGAGAGAGAGAGAGAGAGCAGCGGGGGCAGCUAGAAGGAGCGCACAGCAGAGAGACGAGCGAGUUUAUUUUUAGUGGCAGAAGGUGAAGAAGGCGGGCGAAGAGCACCGCGCGGAGUAGUAUUAAGCGGCAGCACAGUGGCCCGAUGAAGCGGCGUAUGUGACACCGGGUUUUCCUCUCUCUUGCCACCGUCGAGGAAAAGGAGACACCUCGCAGACAUCUUGCUGCCACCGUCCACGCCGUUGAUUCUCUAUACGCUCUGUGGCACGAGCUGUGGUAGCCUCGCCGAAGUUUAACAGCCAGUGGCUUCGGCCAACGGAGGCAAUUGAGAUAUCAUGGCGACGAUAGACGGCCGGCCGGCCCAAUAUGGUAUCACGCUUAAGCAACUCCGCGAGCUUAUGGAGCUCCGGGGACGCGAAGGUGUCAACAAAGUCAACACCUACGGUGGUGUGCAGGAGAUAUGUAAAAAGUUAUAUACAUCACCCAAUGAAGGUCUUAGUGGGUCAACAGCAGACAUACAACACAGGAGAGAUACAUUUGGUUCCAAUAUGAUACCUCCAAAACCUUCAAAAACAUUUUUGCGUUUAGUAUGGGAAGCGUUACAAGAUAUGACAUUACUCAUCUUAGAAGUAGCAGCAUUCAUUUCAUUGUGUCUUAGCUUUUAUCAUGCCAGUACGCAUACAAGUAGCAAAAAAUUCGAUAAUUCUUCUUUCGUUGAACAAGAUGUAGUAGAGGAGGAGGACGAGUCAAAAUAUGAUUGGAUUGAAGGACUUGCUAUAUUGAUUUCUGUAAUUGUGGUAGUCUUAGUGACGGCGUUUAACGACUAUUCCAAGGAAAGACAGUUUAGAGGUCUUCAAAGUCGGAUAGAGGGAGAACACAAAUUCUCGGUUAUACGGCAAGGAGAAGUGAAACAAGUCAUCGUAUCGGAAAUUGUCGUCGGUGACAUUUGUCAGAUAAAAUAUGGAGACCUGUUGCCUGCGGACGGUAUUCUUAUACAAAGCAAUGAUCUCAAAGUGGAUGAAUCUAGUUUGACCGGAGAGUCAGAUCACGUAAAGAAAGGAGAAUCGUUCGAUCCUAUGAUACUUUCAGGUACACAUGUGAUGGAAGGUUCCGGAAAAAUGUUAGUUACUGCAGUAGGUGUUAACUCUCAGGCGGGUAUUAUCUUUACUUUACUCGGCGCUGCUGUUGAUCAACAAGAACAAGAGAUCAAGAAGAUGAAGAAAGAGGCUAAAAAGCAGCGGAAGAAGAAAUCAUUACCAGGAGACGAAGAGAUCACCGGAAACAGUCACGCUGGUAAAGGUGCCGAGAAUCAUCAAGCGGUCGUGCCCGCGAGCGCUGCGGAAGGCAAGAAGGAGAAGAGUGUUCUACAAGCUAAGCUGACUAAACUCGCUAUACAGAUCGGUUAUGUCGGCUCGACCGUCGCGAUGCUCACCGUCUGCGUUCUUAUCAUACAGUUUUGCAUACAAACCUUCGUGAUCGAAGGCAAGUCGUGGCAAAAUGAGUACGCUAACGAAUUAGUGCGGCACCUGAUCAUCGGUGUCACUGUACUCGUAGUCGCCGUACCCGAGGGUCUUCCUCUAGCUGUCACCUUGUCGCUCGCUUAUUCCGUCAAGAAAAUGAUGAAGGACAAUAAUCUGGUACGUCAUUUGGAUGCCUGCGAGACGAUGGGUAAUGCCACUUGCAUUUGCUCGGACAAGACCGGUACCCUGACUACCAAUCGCAUGACCGCGGUGCAAUCGUACAUAUGCGAAAAGCUAUGGAAAACCACGCCGAAUUACUCGGACAUACCGAGCCAACUUGGCGAACUGAUCGUACAGGGCAUGUCGAUCAAUUCGGCGUACACUUCGCGAAUCAUGGAGUCUCAAGACCCCAGCGAAUUGCCGACGCAGGUCGGCAACAAAACUGAAUGUGCCUUACUUGGAUUUGUGUUAGCCUUGGGCAAGAAAUAUCAAACCGUACGGGACGACUACCCUGAAGAAACCUUUACGCGGGUAUAUACGUUUAAUAGUGUAAGGAAGAGCAUGUCGACCGUCAUUCCCAGAAAAGGCGGCGGAUACAGGCUCUUCACCAAGGGCGCUUCCGAGAUCAUUAUAAAGAAAUGUGCCUUUAUAUAUGGUCGCGAAGGGCAUCUAGAGACAUUUACCAGAGAGAUGCAAGAGAAUUUGGUUAAGACCGUGGUCGAACCCAUGGCUUGCGAUGGACUGCGUACCAUCUGUGUGGCUUACCGUGAUUUCGUUCCCGGCAAAGCCGAGAUCAAUCAAGUUCACAUCGAAAACGAACCCAACUGGGACGACGAGGAUAAUCUCGUGAACAAUCUUACUUGCCUGUGUAUCAUCGGUAUCGAAGAUCCAGUGCGUCCCGAAGUGCCAGAAGCGAUCAAGCAAUGUCAGAGAGCCGGCAUCACCGUGCGCAUGGUGACAGGUGACAACAUAAACACCGCACGUUCGAUCGCGCUCAAGUGCGGUAUCUUGAAACCGAGCGACGAUUUCCUUGUUCUUGAAGGCAAAGAGUUCAAUCGUAGGAUUCGAGACAGCAGUGGCGAGGUGCAACAACACCUGAUAGACAAGGUGUGGCCAAAACUACGAGUACUAGCCAGAUCAUCGCCCACCGAUAAGUACGUUCUAGUGAAGGGAAUCAUUGACAGCAAGUUGGAGGAUAGUCGUGAAGUCGUUGCAGUAACAGGCGACGGUACGAACGAUGGUCCGGCUCUGAAGAAGGCCGAUGUAGGCUUCGCCAUGGGCAUCGCCGGUACAGACGUCGCUAAAGAGGCGUCCGACAUUAUACUCACGGACGAUAACUUCAAAUCGAUCGUGAAGGCGGUUCUGUGGGGAAGAAACGUUUACGACAGCAUCGCCAAGUUUCUUCAGUUUCAGCUUACCGUCAACGUUGUUGCGGUGAUUUCCGCUUUCACCGGUGCUUGUGCUGUAAAAGACUCGCCGAUCAAGGCGGUACAGAUGUUGUGGGUAAACCUAAUCAUGGACACGUUAGCGUCUCUCGCCUUGUCCACCGAAAUGCCUACGAUCACGCUACUCCUACGUAGACCAUACGGUCGCACAAAACCACUUAUUUCCAGGACAAUGAUGAAAAAUAUUAUUGGGCAGGCCUUUUAUCAGUUGACUGUAAUUUUUACGCUUCUUUUCGCGGGUGACCAGAUGCUCAACAUUGAUUCGGGCCGCGGAGUGGCAGCGGCGGGCGGCGGACCCACGCAACAUUAUACCUUCAUCUUCAACACCUUUGUCAUGAUGACUCUCUUCAACGAAAUUAAUUCCAGAAAAAUUCACGGUGAACGCAAUGUCUUCCAAGGGAUGUUUUCCAACCCCAUCUUCUAUUUGAUUUGGAUCGGCACGUUUUUCUCGCAAGUGGUUAUCAUACAAUACGGUAAAAUGGCAUUCAGCACCAAAGCGCUAUCGCUCGACCAGUGGUUGUGGUGCCUGUUCUUCGGAAUCGGUACGCUAAUAUGGGGCCAAGUAAUUACGACUAUUCCUACACGCCGAAUUCCCAAAAUUCUUUCAUGGGGCCGCGGCCAGCCGGAUGAAAUCGGCGCGAUCAAUCUAGGAGACGAGAAAUUCGACCCCGACUCGGAUAAAAAGCCGCGCGCAGGACAAAUUCUAUGGAUCCGUGGUCUAACACGGCUACAGACACAGACGAGCAAUAGAACUCUGGUGCAGAAUGUAUCUGUGACAGGCAGAUCCCCUUCUCAGGAUUACUACAUGGUGAUAGGUGGCGAGUUGCAGGAACGUUUGAUACCGGUACCCUACAGCAAGAGUUCGACAGACCAAGCUAUCCGCGUAGUGAACGCAUUUCGGCAGGGCCUAGACACGCGCUACGGCGAGCACAGCAGCACCACCCUGGCGGAGGUACUGAGGAAGCAGUCGUCCCUGAGCAAGCGACUCUCGCAGACGAGCAGCAUCGAGUACGCCGACAACAUACCGGACGAGCUCACUAUACCAGAGAUUGACGUCGAGAGACUCUCGAGUCACAGUCACACCGAGACUGCCGUUUAGAGACGACGCGACAGCGUCGUCAGUAGCGACGCCUACUACUACUACUACUACAACUACCGUUACGAGCACGCCGACGACAACGACGACAACGUCUUCGCCGCCCUUUCGUGCUCGCCGUUUCCCCGUGGCCGUCAGUCGCUCGUCGAAGAGAGAGCGGAGGGCUCGCAGACGAGACCGAGACUGAGAGAAAGAGUGUAAGAGACAGAGGGGGUACGGGGAGAUAGAAAAAGAGCGGAGGGUUCGUUCACAGGUUUAAGUUUCGACGAGUACCGCGUGAUAUAAAAAGAGAUUGUCAUUGAAAGAUGGGGAGGGACGGAACAAGAUUUUUCCUCAAAUCUCAGGUCCGUUCCCAUCGCGAUAUGAACGACUUUUCUGUUAAACGCGUUUUCCGAGGAGACCGAUUUCUUCUCUGAGGAAACGAACCGAUCAUCGCUGUCGAUCGCCGAUCAGCGCUGAUCCGUGCAAACGAACAGAACAUCAAUUAUGAGAAUUACUAAAGUAACGCACCACUGCCUCCUAUUGCGCAGGUCAGGUUGUUACGUGUUCGCCUCCCUUGCGUCUUCUCACCGUAUCACCUUACGUCUCGUCUUUGUGUUUCUCUCUCUUAUCACGUGUGCGUGUGUGCGUAUGUGUGUGUGUGCGUGUGCGUGUGUGUGCGUGUGUAUGCGUGUUUGUCGAGUCCUUUUGUUCCUUAACGCACCGUUUUAUGUGGAAGAAGCGCGACGACGGCCGCAUGAAGAGGGAUACAAGAAGAAAAAAGAAAGAAGAGAAGAAGAGAUAAGACCUGAGGGAGAGAAAGAGAGAGAGAGAGAGAGAGAGAAGGAGAGAGAGAGAAAGAGAAAAGAUUUGAGAAAGAGAAGAAAUUUGAACCUCAAUGUAGAUAAGAUCAUCUCUCAUCUGUUUCUCAUUUUCUUUCUUACCUUCAUCUCCUCACUGCUUCCUGCUCAAGUUUCUGCUUCCUUCUUCCUCACCGACUCUUUCUCUCUCUUUUUCUCUACCUCUCUUUUGAUAUUAUAAUGUUAUUAAUUACCCGAUCUCUCUCUCUCUCUC